GAAGGAGGGAUGGUGGCCUGGAGUGUACAAAUCUAUUCACACCGCUACCCGUUGAGAAAGACGUCGUAGCGGCACCAGACGGUGAUCCUGGGAGCAGGUGAGGCUGGUCGGUGUGGGAGGAGCACAGAGAAGAGGGUCUCUUUCGGGGGUGAGUGGCAAGGGGUGCGGGAGCCCUCACUCGUCCUCUCCCACACCGCACUCUGAGUCCAGCCCAGUUGCCUGGUCGUUUGGAAGGGACGAUCCUCUGAGUUAGCCGGGGAGGAGGCGGCGGCUUUAUUUCAGGCACCGGAACAUGAAUAUUAAGCUAGAACCACGAUCUUGCAGGAUAUAUUUUCUCUGCUGCCUGGUACUGGCUUCCUUCAUCUCUUCUUCAGCAGAAGACCACACAGAUGGGAGUCAUCAACGAACUGGGCGCUUCGAUAGGAACAUGGUACAAGAUAAGGACCACAUCCUGGAAGAUUUAGAUGGUGUAAUUGAUAAACCAGAAUCUGAGAUGUCACCACAAGAACUGCAGCUUCAUUACUUCAAGAUGCACGAUUACGACGGCAACAAUUUGCUUGAUGGGUUAGAACUUGCAACGGCCAUAUCUCAUGUACAUAAAGAGGAUGGUAGUGACCAUGUCCAGACCAUGAAAGAAGAGGAUCUCAUUAGCUUAAUUGACGGUGUCUUGAGAGAUGAUGAUAAGAAUAACGAUGGCUACAUCGACUACGCCGAAUUUGCAAAGUCACUGGAAUAAAAACAAAAAAUCAUUCUUGUUUGUGUGACCCAGUACAAUGUGAUUCUUGACUGCCUCUCUGUCGUAUGUUCCACUGUUUGGGCUGCAGAAUGAAUGGUAGGGAAAUGCAUUAUCUCCUUCAUUUUUUUAUACGUUUGGGAGAGAAACUUGU